AUGCCCGGCUUAUGGUUUGAGCGCGCCAAGACACACCCUCGCUAUCAUCAGCUUCAGGUAGCAAUCUACAACCUUCUUCAGCUACCUGAUGAAUCCUCUGAUGAUUUUGCAGCUGCAAUUGCAAAAUCUGCAGAUGAAGAGGCUUCCCAGCAACUGCAAGAGCUGACUUUUGAGAUCCGAGGACUUCAGCAGCUGCGAGGAAAUAGAACUUUGACCGAAUCAGAGUAUAAUCAACAGCAACGGGCCAUGCGCAAAGCUCGAGAGAUUGCACGUAUGCAAUGUGUUGUACCAGCGUUCACCUUUGUUAAGGCUGUCAACGCCUUAGACGACAGAGGCUGUUCUUAUUGGUGUUUGAAAGCGGUGGCGUCUCAUCGCGACAAUGUAGACGCCUUGGACUUCCACCCAAUGGAAAGUUGCUUCAUCAGCCACUUCAAAGCACCCUGGUUCAUGCUUUAUCACAAUAUACGAGCAAUAAAAAUGCCGCAAGUGGACCCUUUCACCUUGGUAGAAAGUCCCGAGGUCGAGGCUUUUCAUCGUGCGACAGAUGGCAGAGAGCGUGAGAAUCUCUGGGCAGCUUCGCGACUCAGAGCGCUCGGAGCGCAAUUCGACCCACUCGACCCAAGAAAGCCCUUGGACACAUGUGUUUGCAAUUUCACGCUCACGGCCAAUCGUAUGGCCACGCCCUUGUCUAACCCUCUUCCCUGGGUGGAUAAUUAUAUUGAACACUACAACAGUUGCACCUUGUCAAAUGAGGCCGAUUUUUUGGCUGAUUGGGGUUGGCAAAGUGCUUUCUACUCUUACGUCUCGCAACACGUUGCGUGUGACACUUUCAUGACGUUCGAAAAUUACUCUGUUGCUGGUGAUCAUCAGCUUCUCAUUACACGCACAGAAGCUGACAUGAUGAACGAUUAUGAGUAUAAGACGGUUGAGGGACAGACCUAUGUAUGGUCAUCUUUCAGGAAAGGUUUCGAUAACGGCAUGGUGGGAAAGAAAACCCAAAAGAGUCUUGUCUUUGAUUUCCAUGUUGCGCCCAUAGGAUUUCGCUAA